AUGACUAGUUCAUGUAGAUUCCCGAUUCUGAAUCAAGCUAUGACUUUCCAGACUGAAGCUGGUUGUGGCGGUUGUUUUGUUCCCAUCCUCUGUGCUUCACCGCCGAGACCGCAUCACAUAUUUACCAGGGUCCCCCAAAACCGAGAUGACAUGGCUUCCAAUGGUCCCAGAAAUACGGAGCACCACGAGUACCACCAGCGGCACAAAAACGAGACAAAGUCUCUGUGCUCCUGUAUUACAGGAGUUGCGGUCACUGGAUACAAUCUCAUGGGUGAACCAGCCUGGCUCAGACUGGCGUGGAGACCAUAA